AGCAGCUAUUCCCGAUUUUCAGUCUGGUGCAAUGGAAAAUUGGGGAUUGACCACAUACAGGGAAUCUGCUUUGUUAUAUGAUUCUGAAAAAUCCUCAGCAUCAAGGAAACUUGGAAUUACUUUGAUGGUAGCCCAUGAACUUGCUCAUCAGUGGUUUGGAAAUUUGGUCACAAUGGAAUGGUGGAAUGAUCUUUGGCUUAAUGAAGGUUUUGCGAAGUUUAUGGAAUUUGUAUCAGUAAGCAAGACCCACCCAGAACUAAAAGUUGAAGAUUACUUUUUAAACAAGUAUUUUGAUGCCAUGGAGGUAGAUGUUUUAGAUUCUUCACAUCCCAUAUCGACUCCUGUUGAAGAUCCAGCUCAGAUUCUAGAAAUGUUUGAUGAUGUUUCCUACGAUAAGGGAGCUUGUAUUCUCAAUAUGCUACAGGAUUAUCUCAGCCCAGAAGUUUUUAAAGCUGGUCUUAUAAAAUAUUUGUUGCGAUUCAGUUAUCAGAACACACAAAACAAAGAUUUAUGGGAGAGCUUGUCAGAUGUUUGUCCAACUGCUGAUGGAAGCCAAAUACAAAAUGAAGUUUGUAUCAGAAACAAGGAGAGAAACUUAAAUUCACACUGGACCAAAGUUGCACUCCAUGAUGUGCAGACAGUGAUGAACACUUGGACAUUCCAAAAAGGAUUUCCUCUAGUGACAGUUACUGUUAAAGGAAAAAAUGUCCAUCUACAACAAGAACAUUUUUCAAAGAACUCUAGUGUAUCAACUGGGAAUCUAUGGCAUAUCCCAUUGACAUAUAUUACCAAUAAAUGUAAUGAUAUUCAGAGGUUCUUGCUGACAACCAAAACAAAUGAUAUAGUCCUCCCAGAAGAAGUGGAGUGGAUAAAAUUUAACGUAGGAAUGAAUGGUUAUUAUAUUGUGCAUUAUGGAGAUCAUGGCUGGGAUGCUCUAAUUCGCCUGUUAAAAGACAAUCAUGAAACAAUAAGCAGCAAUGACCGAGCGAGCCUCAUUAACAGUGCAUUCCAGCUGGUGAGUGCUGGAAAACUGUCAAUUACAAAAGCUCUUGAUUUAACAUUAUACUUAAAACAUGAAUCUGAAGUUACUCCUGUAUAUCAAGGCCUGAAUGAGCUAAUCCCUCUGUAUAAACUGCUGGAGAAGACAAACUUAAGUGACACAGAACAACAAUUAAAGGCAUAUAUAGUCAAUCUAUUUAAAAAUAUGAUUGACAAACAGUCAUGGGAUGAUAAAGGUACAGUGCCUGAGCAAAUGCUUCAGAGCUCCCUACUUACAUUUGCAUGUGUACGCAAAUACCAACCAUGUGUAGACAAGGCAAAAGAGUACUUCAUGAAAUGGAAGAACUCGGAUGGGACUCUCAAGUUGCCCAAUAACGUUAAGAUGGCAGUAUAUGCGGUUGGAAUACAAACUGAUGAAAACUGGGAUUUCCUUUUUAGCAAGUAUCAGCUACCUGAAUUCGACACUGAAAAGAAUCAGAUUGAAGCUGUACUCAGUCUGAGCCAAAAUAAAGAAAAGCUUCAAUGGUUACUGGAUCAAGCACUGCAAGGUGACAUAAUGAAGACUCAGGAACUUCCUCUUAUACUUAUCAGUGUUGGAAGGAAUCCUUAUGGAUAUCAAUUAGCUUGGAAGUUUUUCAAACAAAACUGGCAUAAACUUGUAAAAAAAUUUGAACUUGGCUCAGCCUCACUUGCACGAAUAAUUAGUGGAAUAACAAAUCAGUAUUCCACAAGGGAACAGCUUGCUGAGGUAAAAAACUAUUUCAGCUCAAUGGACAAAAAAACUUCAGAGCUCCGUGCUGUUCAACAAGCAAUAGAAACCAUUGAGGAAAACAUCAAGUGGAUGGAUAAGAACCUUGAAAAAAUCAGGACAUGGUUACAAAUCAAUAGCAAAGUGUGAAACUGUAUUGUGAACUAUUGAUUCAGAAUUAACAAAAAUUUUGCACUGGAAGACUGCUCCUUUGCCUUAAAGAGAGAGAAAAGCAUCGUGACAUUAAUUACUGCAUCCAUGCAGUAAACACUGGCUGAGUUGUGAGGGAGGCUUGAUUUUGGCUCAGAAUGUUAUGUGAAGCCAGUCAAUAAGGCAUUAUUAAGCAAACCAUAGUAAAGUGUGAUGUGUUAACCAGGUCACUGAAUAAACAAUGGAAAAUAAA